CUGUCUGUCUGUCUGACUUUCCUCUUUCGGCGUGCUUGUGAAGGUGUGAUCGGGUAUUUAGUAAUAAAUUUAUAUAUUUAAAAUACGUCAGAUCAAUAAGCGCUCUUAGCGUGAAGCAAUUUAUUUAAACUUUAUUGAUUUCUUGUAAUAGUAUUUAAAAUUAAAUAUGGCUUUACACGUGCCCAGACCUCCCGGCAUUUCACAGAUGUUUAAAGAAGGCACAAAGCAUUUUCAUGGAGUUGAAGAAGCUAUAUGUCGAAAUAUUGAAGCAUGUGUUCAGUUGGCAGAUACUCUACGAACUACAUAUGGUCCAUAUGGUAUGAAUAAACUUAUCAUAAAUCAUCUUGAAAAAAUGUUUGUUACAAGUGAUGCAGCUGUGAUUUUAAAUGAACUCGAAAUACAACAUCCAGCUGCCAAACUAGUUGUGUUUGCAUCUGAUAUGCAAGAACGUGAAGUUGGAGAUGGAACCAGUUUAGUUAUUAUCUUUGCUGGAGCUUUACUUAAAAAUGCUGAGGAAUUGAUUCGAAUGGGAUUGGCACCACCAGAAAUUAUCCAUGGAUAUGAACUUGCUCUAGAAAGGACAUUAGAGAUUUUACCGAAUCUUAUGUGUACUGAGGUGAAAGAUUGUUUAAAUGAAGAUGAAGUAGUGAAAGGAAUAAGAGCAUCUCUGAUGAGUAAAGCAUAUGGAAAUGAAGACUUCUUAGCUCGACUUAUAGCAAAAGCAUGCAUUUUAGUGAAACCUGAACAUACUACCUUCAAUGUAGAUAAUGUUAGAGUUUGUAAAAUUCUGGGCUCUGGAAUUGAUGCUUCUACAAUUAUUCAAGGUAUGGUAUUCAAGCGAAUGGUUGAAGGAGAUGUGCAAAAGGUGGAAAAUGCAAAAGUUGCUGUCUACACCUGUCCUUUUGAUUCUGCCCAAACUGAAACAAAGGGUACAGUUUUGAUCAAAUCUGCAGAUGAACUUCUAAAUUAUACCCGAGGUGAAGAAAAUUUAUUAGAAGAGCAAAUCAAAGCAAUAGCAGAUGCUGGUGCAAAUGUUAUAGUCUCAGGAGGAAAAUUUGGUGAUAUGUCUCUUCAUUAUUUAAAUAAAUAUGGAAUAAUGGCUGUUCGUUUACAGUCCAAGUUUGAUGUUAGAAGGCUGUGCAAAACAGUUAAUGCUGUUGCUCUUCCUAAGAUGGUAUGUCAGAUUACUUUUUAACACUAUUUAAUAAUU